UUGCAUGGGGGAUGAGGGUGUAUAAAGCACACUUGAAAGCAGAACAACUUGACAACUUCCUGCCAACACUGACGGUGCAACAUCAACAGGCCACUUAAACACUUCAACCAACCAUGGAUUACACUGAGGAUUAUAUUUACACUUUAGACUCUAAUUACACACUGCCUGAGAUUCCUGACAUUUUGAUCCCUGAGAUUCAACCAAUCCAGAUAGUGGCUCUGGUCUUUUAUGGACUUGUGGUGCUGCUGGGUGUGCCUGGAAAUGCUCUGGUGGUUUGGGUGACAGGGUUCUGCAUGCCUCGCUCUGUCACUUCCCUCUGGUUCCUCAACCUCGCUCUGGCCGAUCUUCUGUGCUGCCUCUCCAUCCCUCUCCUCAUGGUCCCUUUAGCCCACGAUGAUCACUGGCAUUUUGGCCCGCUGGCCUGCACAGUGGUCAAAGGCCUAUUUUUCCUGGUGAUGUACUGCAGUGUCUUGCAGCUGGUUUUGAUCAGCUUGGAUCGCUGGAUGCUGGUCAGCAGACCCGUCUGGUGCCAGAACAAGAGACGACCAAAGCAGGCUGCCUUUGUGUGUGUUGCUGUCUGGUGCCUGGCUCUGAUAGGCAGCAUCCCGCAGUUUGUCUUCACCAAGGAGAUUGAAGCAGGUGAACACAAGCGAGAGUGCCUGACUGUGAACUCUGUACUCAGUGCCUGGAUAAUGACCUGCUUCCGCUUCCUUCUGGGAUUCUUCCUCCCAUUCCUGGUUAUUAUAAUCUGUCACUUGGUGGUGUACAGGAAAGCAGAGCAUGGACUGUCCCGUGGUCGAACCCCUUCCAAGCGAACAGUGAGGGUCAUCAUCGCUGUGGUGCUGAGCUUUUUCUUGUGCUGGCUCCCUCUGCAUAUUGUGGACUUCCUCCUAUUGAUUACCCCACGAAAUUCCCCUCACAGCCCAAAAAUUUACCUGGCACAUGUUUUAGCACUCUGCCUGGCAUAUUUCAACAGCUGCCUCAACCCACUGCUCUAUGUGUGUCUGGGCCGAGGUUUCAAAGAAAGUAUGAACCGCUCCGUGCGUAACAUGCUCAACUUCAUCAGCGAUGACCCUACACACAGAAUCAGCAUUGCCACAACUGACACCAGGAGCACGAGCAAUGGAAAGGAAAUGACUAAAAUCUGAAAAUGUAUUGACUUUGAUACAAACAAUAUUCUCACAUCAAUCUUGUCAUUGAAGCUGAGGUUUGGACUUUGAAACACUGGUAACAGUUUAACUAUACCUGCUUUCAGCACUGAGCUUGGAUAACCACUGGGUUUCAGCAUAAACUAUUGGUGUUUUUAUAAUUAAUUGUGUAACAUAUAAACUAGCUCCCUGCUGAAUAAUUAGUUAAAAGUCAUUUUCUCAGUCUGAAGAAAUAACUUUUCAAUGUGUUACCAGUACAAGGACAACAUGUGAUACUGAGACUGUAUACUGGGGUAGGGAAUCAAUUUCAUACUAACCUUCAUCAUUUCUCUUAUAAUUAUGAUAUAUCUAUCUAUCUAUCUAUCUAUCUAUCUAUCUAUCUAUCUAUCUAUCUAUCUAUCUAUCUCUAUAUAUAUUGUGUGUUGUAAUUCAAGUUUGUAGUCAGAAAUUGGUGCUGAAAUGAAAAAAAUAUUAUAUGUUACAUAAUUAAUAAUUAGUGCUUAUAACACACAGAGAUUGACAAUGAUUACCUGUGCAACAGUAACUUUAACACAGCGCCAACAGAAAGUCAGUCGUUCAGACAAGCAGAUGUUCUUAUGUAACAGUCCAUUCAUUCGCCACAAGAGGGAGCCACACUCUAAUCUUUAAGUGGUCCAUAUGCAGAAGAUGGUCGGCCCCUUUGUUUUACUGAGCCAGAGCCUUAAGGCAACAAAUACAGACUAGAGAAGAGAUUAUACAGGUAAUAUGAACGUAAGUCAAUUUAUCAAAUAAUGCACCCCAGACAAAUGUGUUUGUGUUUUUAGCAUAUCUAUAGAGGUUUAUAAAAUGUAAACUUAUUUUUCACACACUUUUUUGUAUGCUCAUAUUGCACCAGCACCAUAAAUGUAAGAUAAACAGCAAUAAUAAAAAUGUGUUAAUGUACCAAAA